AUGUCUUUGUUUGUGAUUUCUGUGGUAAUGUCGGUGGGUCUCAAAAUUGAGUAGCCGAGGUCGAUGGUAGCAUCCAUUGUGAGAUAAUAGAGGCAAAAAAUUCGGCAUCUGAGUAGUGGUAGAUGAUGUGUGUUGCGUUGAUUGCAAUUCAAUAAACAAGGUUUCACUGAGGAAUGACUUGGAUAGAAACGGCACCAUGUGGUGUGUGAUGCCAUUCCAGGGCAACACGAGAAGGUUGAGGAGAAUCGCACCACUUCUGUUAUCCUCUUGGGACGGCAUCGACGACCGGAGAUUUGCUUGGCAAGUUGCAGCUAUCAUGGAUGAUGUGUCCAAGACUGGAACGGUUCGAAGAACCGCCUGCUUUCAUACCUCACUUUUCUGAAUGAGGAUUUGGUUUUCAGAAAAUUUGGUCAAGAUUUUUAACAUACUCGAGGCACCAUGAAAGACAUAGCACCGAUGCAACUAAGGUCUGGAAGCACUGGAUUCAUUACCAGCACGCGCACCAGGAGGACCAUGCCAGCAUCUGGUGAGACCAUGAAACUUGAGAAAGAAAUGCAAGAGAAGAUGCGGAAGCUUGCGGAGAUCCGGUCCAACAUCGCUUUGGAACAGAAAGUUACUGAAGAGCUUCGGAAGGAUGUAUCUGCCAAAGGACGGUGGAGCUUGAACCCAAUGCCGCUUGGACGUGACAAACUUACCAAGACCCCAGCAAUGAAGUCACUGUUGCAGCAGCCUCCUCCACCCAACUUCAAGAUCAAGCGCAGCUCAACAAUCAAACCCCCUGAUUCUUACCAGAAUGAAAACAAAGCCACAAAACUUGGGCCAUCCAUUGGCCAUGCCCAAAUCUUGAACAAUAGCGUCAGCCCAAGGUUCAACGAGGAGGCGCGCUGUAUAUCAGCAGCAGAAGCUCUGAAGAAAUGGCACGAUUCUGGGUGCGUCAAUCCUGCAGAUGUACAUCAGAACAGACCUUCUCCUCAACAAUCGUUUCACCCAGUUCCUGUGUCCAUUAAAUCUGCAGGCGACUCUGAAACUUGGCAGCCCGCGGAUUUGGGAACAUAUACGGUGCCAGGAGAGCAGCCCAAUCGCACUUGGAGCACGAUGGACACACAGACGGACCGACUAAAACAAGCUGCGGUUGAAGAUUGCCCAACUACUAUCCAAGGGACCUACUUCCAACAUGUAAGCAUGCAGAGUAACAUCACUAAUAGCAUCAUUACGUAAUCCAGUCAACAAGUUCAUCAAAUAAGUCAUUUACUUCUCAAUCAGUAGCAGUAUAGAGUGGGGGCUGGAGGUGGUAGUAUUUUAGUUGGUUAACAUUCAUCAAAAUUUGAACUUUAAAUUUAUAAAUGAGAUUUUCGUUAAUCAUAAUAAUUAUGAAAGUGAAUAUUUAUGGCUU